AUGCAGCAGCUGUUGCCGGCUGAGAUAGACCCCGCGACAUUGGUGGCCAUGAGAGACUAUAUGGUGACACAACUCGACCAGUUCGAACCUUUUGAUGAACUCCUCUUACGGAAUGCAUCCAUAAGGAUACUCAUCAAGGAUGCAACGGAUAAGCUGCUCCAAUUACAGAACCAAGCACUAUACUUGCUGACAGAAUUGGACGUGAGGGGUCCGGUCAGUGAGGAAAUUCUGCAAACGAACAGCCUCGGCCGGGAAAAUGCGGCUUUGAAGGCACAAAUGGCAAUUCGUGAUACUGAGUUCAUGAAUCUCCGUACCAAUAACCGGCUGCUUGCGCAGAGUUUGGAGGGGUAUAAGAAUAUUCUCCAAACAAACGUGGAGCGAGAGCAAGCCCGGGCAUUGGCGGAGACCCAGCAGAGAGGUAGUGAGCUCGAAGCGGAGCGCGCAAUUAUCAGGGAGCUCAAAAUGGAGUGUGAACGCAUCAAAGACUUUGUGUAUCGCAUCGAAACAGAGCGCGACCAUGCGAAAACUGCCCUAGAACAUCAACACCGCGAGUUCCAAGAGCUUCAGAUACGUCUUGCGGAGGCACAACGGAAGCUCCGCAGUCGCAGCCAGGAGACCGAAAAGCUCUACCAAGCGAUCGGACAGUCCGGACAGGACCACACAAACACACGCCGUCCGCAGAAUCCUGCAGCUACUGAGGGAGGCUUCGGAGUGCCAGCAUCUACCGAAAUCGAUACAAGUAUAGGGGAAAAGAUGCAGAGCCUGGCGACAAUCAAAAGUCGGACGACGAAACUGGAUGGGGCAGAACUUCUCGGGUCCGGGUCCAGGUCCAGGUCUAUAUCCCCGAAGGAUCCCGGGCAACGCGUUGUAAAGGAAGACAAAGGCUCAGGGAACUGCACAGAGGUCAAGACCACCACAGAGAACCUGAAAGGAGCAUCUGUUAAGAAGCCUGGCAGCCCACGGGUGGUAAAACCUAUCGUGCCUCUGUUGCCUCUAAAGACAAUCAUUUGUGCAAAGCCUCCAGAGAAGCAGGACAGUCACCCAACCCAAGAGACAGUGAGCAUUUUCCUACUCUGCAUCGAAAGUUGUAUCCUGCUAAUGAAUCAUAAGAACAACACUGCGCCUGAUUAA